AUGGGCGCGCACGUGUCGCGACACGUGGACGAGCGGCUGGACGACCUGGAGGUGUAUCAGCGCGCAGUGGCCGCCACGUUCUCGGAGCGAUCCAAACCGCCAUCCGACGGCGUCGACGCGGCGCCGGGCAUUCAGCAGGCGCAGCUUCUAGACGCGUGCAAGGCCGUGCUGCAGGUGUGUUGUAACACCACCUUUCGCCGCCACUCCCACCCUCCCUCUCUUCCACCUGCCCUCCCCUGCGUGUCCCAUUUCGCACCUCUCGCCGUCCCCAUGGUCUCCUCUCCUCCCCCCAUUUUCUGUUCCUUCUCCCGCAACCCUUUCCCCCACUUCUCCUCUUCUUCCUCCCGCCAUCUCCCUUCCUCCCCCCCUCUUUCCCCCUGUCAGCGAAUAUCGGCGGAACUAGAUCCGCGCGCCGGCCGCGUCUGCCUCCGCGUGCCCACCCCGCGCGACCUCGACUUCGCGCUUUCCCGCCAUCCCGCGCUCGCGCAGCUGCCCAUACUCUCCUUCGCGGAGUUCGAGCGCGUCACUCGCUGCGUCUUAAAGCGCGUCGCCGCGGAUCGCGGGCGCCGCCUACUGCUCUUCGUCACAGGCGGAGUAAUAGCGGGAACUUCACCUCCACCCUCUCUCACCACUCUGCCUCCUCUGAAUGUGCGAGCAGGAGUGGGCAAGGGGAGCAAGGGCAAGGCGUGA